UGUGUUGAUGAUGUGAAUUUUAUGUCAAAAGGUUAAAUAAAUUGGGGCUUCAUUUCUAGGGUUUUCUAUUCGGGCUGAGAAUCGUCGAUGCAGAAAAGAAAGAUCUAAAUUGCCCUUUUAGACAUUGAUUUACAAUUCGUUUGAUUGAUGUUUCAAGGAAUUUGAAUCUUCUCGGUACAAGGAUGCAUUCUCUGAGUAGGAUCUGUCCAGGCUUUUCGUCUCCCCUCCAUAGAUGGCUCACAUGGCGGCGUUCUUGCACUCAUCUGUUUGUUGGAGGACUUUCUUAUGAUACAAAUGAAACUGCUUUGAAGGAUGCUUUUGAUGAAUACGGUGAAAUAAUUGAAGUUAAGGUAAUAUGUGACCGCGUAAGUGGAAAAUCGAGAGGGUACGGAUUUGUGCAUUACUCUUCUGAGUUGGCAGCAAACAAAGCCUUAAAGGAGAUGGAUGGCCAGUUACUGGAUGGCAGAAAUAUCCGUAUUCAUUACGGCCACGUGGACGGAAAGCAAUCAACUCAGCUUCGUAGCCAAACCCCGGCGUCAAAUGGAACACAGAUUACAUGAUUACAUCAUAUCUUUCUUUGGG